AUGUAUACUUCUGUAGCAACUCUUCAAAUCGCUAAGGAUCAUAAUCUUACGGAAUACGUGAUUUUUGGAGAUAGCAAGAAAUUCAUGAAGAAAUUGGCUGAGCAAUUGUAUAGGAACAACAGCAGUAAAGAUGGUAAAGAUUCCGUGUACUACUUGAAUUACACCGACGCCAAUCUUCGUUUCCGAAAACGAGUAAAAGAGGAGUUAUUUCUGCGAAAUUGGAAGCCAUUUCAAGUGUAG